AUGGAUGAAAUUCAACGGUUGGAGAUUGAACUGAAGAGAGCACUGAAAAAGCGGAUGGAAUCCUUAAGAGAACAGAUGUGAGUGAAACAAGAAAAAACGAUUUCAAAUCUUUAGGUACAAGCUGGGUGCGGUUUAAGCAAUUUGUUGGGCUAUUGUUCAUGUCCACGUCUCGAUGAUGAUGAAGCUUAUAGUUUCGGUGGAGUUAAAAAAUGCUCACUAUAAAACAAGCGCUACAAAUUUGGGAGCUUUAAGGAACAACUCAGCAAGAACCUCGGAUGGUUUGAUUUUUACGUUAAAUGAGCUAUUAAUUGCCUUUUCUGACAGAGUAAUGGCCACAAUGGAGGACACUCACACGUGAUCUAAAUAUAAUCGAACGUUUUUCCCUCUCUCCCCCAAACAACGUUGAAUAUCAGGCACUUUGUAAACUUUACUAAGGUGUGGUAGGUGUUUGAUUUUACCAACACGUGGAGGAUCUAAGUAUACGCCUGAAAUGGCAAAAGAGUGGUCUUUUUAAAUAUAUUUCGAUAAGGAUAUAUUUCAACAACUGUCCCAAGGAGUUUUGGCCUCCGUUGUAGCUUUUAAAUCUCUAUAAUCACUGGAACCAGGAGUCGAUCGGGCUCCUGCCGGAACUCAACACCAGAGGAGCCUAAUGAGACCAGUGAGAAGUCUUAAUUACUUUUUUGAUUUAAUUUUUUCCUAAGAAUUCGUCGAAAGGCGCGGAGCGUUCCUCAGCAAAAAGACUGUUGACAAUAAGUAAAUAUUUGUAACCACUGAAUAACCAUUCAUGGCAAUUCCUGAGAACUUAUAUAAUUAUAAAAUUUGACCUUCACAGCCAGGUGACAUGGCGGGUACUACAGCUAACGAAGAAAAAAGCAGCUAUUGAGCGGAAAAGCGUGAUGAUUCUGGACAUGAAGGCUUGCCAUGACCGGCAAGGAGAGAAACAAGAAAGGCGUGUAAACCUGCGCCGUACGCGUUCACAAAGUGACAUACCAAGAAAUGCAUUAUGCAAUAGGUUAUGA